UGUCAGCAGGAACGCUUUAAGACCAAUCGUGAUGGGAUCGAAGGAGAUGUAACAGCGGACUUUUAUUAUACAGCGGAGGGUAAAGGCACUACCAGGACACAAGCCGAUGAAGGAUCGCCUCAUACCGCUUGUUUGUGCUACGUGAAGCCGCUGCUCAUUUGUUACUCCGAAACUCCCAGAGUGUUCAACAGUGCCACGAAUAUUUGCUGACCAAAGUCUAUUCCAUCCUACCUGUGCACCAGGGGUUGAAGAGCAUGACGAUGUUCUCGCUGGAGGUGUAAAUAUUGGGGGUUUCCUCCUUCUGGGAGCCGGUGGUGACUGUCAGCCCAUGAAGACCAAUCACAGCAUCGGCCGGAGAGUGGACGGACAGCUUGACCUUGUUGCCGUCUUGCUCUGCAAUCUGGGCACCCCAUCGUUUAUCCUCCAGGAAUCAAGACUAUCUAAGUUGUGCGAUCCGUCUUUGUGGGGACAUUGUCGACUGUCAUGUCGUGUUCGGAUGUACUUUGUGGACGCCGUCUUUGCUCCACAGGCGGCACUAAAGAGCGGCGGGGUGGUACCGUACCUGUCCUUAAGUCCAGGUGCAGCUUGUCGGUGUCCGGACUGAACGGCCUGUUGAACUCCAGCUCCACGCAGAAGUUUUGUCCCCUGCGGACGAUCAGCUGGUCCCCGUGGUAGAGGGCUGCCGUGCUGGGUGACGACCCAGGAAGACCUGGCGGUUCUGGAGGGAAAAACCCUCAUGGUCCCGUGCCAUUACGACCCCCAGUACGCCAGCUCUGUCAAGUACUGGUGUCGGGGAAAGGCCAGGGAGUUCUGCACCAGCUUGGCCCGCACAGACCAGACCCCCGCCGGGGGCAAGGUGAGUAUCUUCGACGACCCGAUCCAGCAGGUGUUCACCGUGACCGUGGAGAACAUGAAGGAGGAGGACUCCGGCUGGUACAUGUGCGGCGUAGAGAUCGGUGGGUUCUGGAAGGCUGACGCCGUUGCCUUCACGAACGUCAAAGUCAUUCCUGGAAUGUCCGUGGUGAACAACCAGCUGCGAGGAGAAGAAGGGACUAGCGUCACAGCUGAAUGUCAAUACAGCGAGAGACACAGAGACAGUGAGAAGAAAUGGUGCCGGAGCGGGGACCCCAGCUCCUGCUCGCUGACGGGCCCCGGGGGCAGCUACCAGGGCCCACGCCUGGCCCUCGACGACGACAAAACCGGGACUUUGACCGUCACCAUCAAGAGUCUGCAGAUGAGCGACAUGGGCUGGUACUGGUGUUCUGCCGGAGAGCUGAGCAUGGCCGUGCACGUGCAGGUCACACCCCGGACGUCCAGCACCGCAGUUUCUGCCACGUCACAAGCUGCGGAAAGCCGGCCUGUCGCCAUGGCGCCUCAGCCCAAACCCACCACCAAAGACUCCUGGAGGCAUCACGCUUUGACCUUGGAGGCCAUGGCCAUGUGGGCCGCCUUCAUGCUGGCCUUGGUCUUGGCAAUAGUUGCCAGGAGGUUGCAGAGGCAAGGACGUUUUGUCAAGCUGAGACGGACCGUGGGGAGGAACGCACAGUCCAAGGAGAACACUCGGGACGCCGCCGACCUGCAAGUGCUUUAGUUUUUCCUGCAGCAGCACACUCUGCCAAGAUAUAUUAUAUCAUAUAUAUAUAUAUAUAUAUAUAUAUAUAUAUAUAUAUAUAUACAUAUAUAUAUAUAUAUAUAUAUAUAUAUAUAUAUGCGUUUUAUUGUCACGUCCUGAAACUGAAUGGAAUUUGUAGUGGUUAGUAUUUAAAAUGAUGGAUGUUUUAUUGGGGACCACACGAGUGUGCACUAUUUUUUAAUUUAGCUAUUAAUAAUAAAUGUAAUCUUAAAGUA